GAGCGCAAGAAAAGGGGGAAGCGUAUGAAACCCCAACACAACUCACGGGUUAAUCUGCCCUGAGAAUCGCUUUAUGGCUUCGGCCGUCUCCACAUCCACGCUAUGAUGUGUGAGGCUCUCCGGCGGGUGGUUGGACUUGCCACCUGUCAGGAAUGGUGAACAUCGCUGAAGACCGCGCCGACUUUUGCGCAGGGAAACCUGGUUUUCUUCUGCGCAGGGAUCUCCUGCGUUUCUGAAACAGAGAGGGGCAACUUUGCCUGAUUUCUGCACUGGAGAAAGUGAGCCACACGCUUAAGUGGUGAGAUUAUAAACGGAGUCUUUGAGCACCCGGGAGGCUCCGACCCCUCUCGCUUUGAAGAUUAGAGGGUUGACGACGUCUGAAGGACACUAAGAACGGGAUUAGGCAUUGUGCAGUCUAACCUACUUCUCAUCACUCCUGCAUCUUGUCCUCUGAAAAUUUGCGCAAUGACCUUUGGUGCACUUGGAAUAAAGCGGGUGCGCCCGUGAGGUAUGUGAAUUUGACCAAAGGGCGAGAUGUGGUGUGAUCACAGGAACUCAAAUCAGGUGGGCAGGCAAUAACGCUUGACAGAAGAUGCGACGGGGGUGGUGGCUCGUCAGAUGGCUGGGGACAGGAAUGGCAAUCCUCUCUUUGCUAACCCACAGCUGGGGCCAGGACAUGGAAGACUGGCAGUAUGAGGAAUGCAAGCUGUCCCGGCCAGGCCCCCCUGCGACCAUAGUGACCAUUGAAGAGGAGAGCAAAAACGGUACGGUUUUGGUGGAAAACAUGCAGAUAAAUGGCCGUGCCCAUGGCCCACACAGGACCAUCACGCUCAAAUUGCUGAACAACGAUGACUACUGGGUGAUACUGGAACCAGCACGGCAGAAACUCUACCUCAACAGCACCGGACGCGUACUGGACAGAGAUCCCCCAAACUCCAUCAGCACCAUUGUAGUUAACGUCGAGUGCCACAAUUUGCCUCUUGGUAGUAGAAUUUUGCACGAGGUGCGGAUUAUUGUGAAGGACAAGAACGACAACGCGCCUCGCUUUCAGCACCCAACCUACUAUGUUGCAGUAAGCGAGCUCACACCAGUUGGAACGACUAUUUUCACGGGCUUCUCAGGAAAUAACGGCGCCACAGACAUCGAUGAUGGGCCCAACGGACAUAUCGAAUACAGCAUUCUUUACAACCCCAGUGACCCGGAUUCUAACAGCACAGUAAGUGUCGCAAACACCCUGUCAGGAUACAUUGUUCUGGCAGAGAGGCUAAACUACGAGGAGAGGACUCGCUACCUGGUUUUGGUCCAAGCCAACGACCGCGCUCCACACCCCCCUAACAGACUAACAGCUACCGCCACUCUGACUGUGGACGUUCUGGAUGGAGACGAUCUGGGUCCUAUGUUCCUUCCCUGUAAACUGGCCAACAACACUCGCGACUGCAUCCCCCUCACCUAUCGUGCUGCCAUCCCAGAAUUCACUGAGCCGAGCAAACUAAACCCACUGAAUGUGACCCCUCCGGUCCGGGCUGUGGACAUGGACAGAAACAUUCAGCCUCCGUCAGACAGACCGGGCAUUCUCUACUACAUCCUUGUCGGUCAGCCAGCCACAUAUGCAGAAUAUUUCUCCCUGAACAAAACCACUGCAGAGCUGCUUGUUCUGCAGCCAAUUAGCAGAGACUUGUAUCAGAGGUUCACACUCGUCAUCAAGGCUGAACAGGACAAUGGUCAUCCCCUCCCAGCCUUUGCUGACCUCAUUGUUGAAAUACUGGAUGAAAACAACCAGGCGCCGUAUUUCCAGUUUGCCACCUAUCAGGGCUACGUGAGUGAGUCCUCCCCAGUGGGUACAACUAUCUCAGCCAGUGCCAACCUUACUGCCCCCCUGGGAAUCAUCGCUUUGGAUAAUGACAUUGAGGAGUCGAAAGACCCCAUGGUGAAGAUUACUUUGGAUGACUACACCGCGAUCUUCGGCCUGACCCCAACUGGGAUAAUCCGCUACCUGAGGCUGCUCAAACCUGUGGACCGGGAGAAGCAGAUGGCCUACACUUUCACGAUGGUAGCAUCAGACGGUGUCCAGCAGAGCAGUCCUGUAACUGUCAACAUCCUGGUCAUUGAUGCCAAUGACAAUACGCCCACGUUUGCUGAGGUCUCCUACAGUGUUGAAGUCUUUACAGACAUGCAGCCGGGGGAGACAGUACUACAGCUAACAGCAGUGGAUGCUGAUGAGGGACUGAACGGUCUGGUGACCUAUGAGAUAUUGGCUGGUGCUCAAGGAGAUUUCAUCAUUAAUAAUCGCACUGGACGCAUCACUGUAGCGCCUGGUGUCACUUUGACUGUGGGCAGAUCUUACGCACUGACUGUCAAGGCUUCUGACAACGCACCAGAGACCCAGAGAAGGAGCUCCAUCACAACUGUCUACAUUGAGGUUUUGCCACCCAACAACCAGAGCCCCCCACGCUUCCCUCUCCUCACCUACAGCCUAGAAGUCAGCGAAGCUAUGAGGAUCGGGGCUAUUCUGCUCAACCUGCAGGCCACAGACCGAGAAAAUGAUCCCAUCACCUACCGUAUUGUGAGCGGGGAUUCUCAGAAUGUCUUCAACCUCUCUGAAACGAUUGGCCUUCUGCUUCUGGGAAAGCCUCUGGACAGAGAGACCACUGAUCAGUAUCGUCUGAUUGUCACAGCCUCCGACGGCAACCCUGGAGGGACGUCCACUACACUAGAGGCCAAUUUGUUCGUAGGCCAAGUCAGGGCCACGGAUCUUGAUGCCGGACUAAAUGGCCAGGUGCACUACCGGAUUGUGAAUCAUCCUGACUUGUUUAUAAUCGGUGCUAAUGGAAGCAUCUACACCAGGGUGCCCCUCGACCGGGAGUUACGGAGCCAAUAUGAGUUGGUGGUUGAGGCCUCAGAUGGGGAUGCGGACCCGCGACGGACUACCUUGACCGUGUCGGUCCAGGUCACGGAUAUUGACGACAACAGCCCCGUCUUCUCCCAGCAGACGUAUGUGGCGAACGUACCCGAGAACAGCCCUGUGGGAACCGUGGUCCUGAAGCUAAGCGCAGUGGAUGCAGACCUGUUCUCCAAUAUCACAUAUCGGAUCAAGACUGAAUCAGCCAGGCAGCUGUUUUCUCUGAACCCUGUCACGGGGGAGUUAGCAGUGCUGCAGACGCUGGACUUUGAGGACCUGGCAGCCAUGGGCAUGGGGGCUUCUUUCACUUUCCAGGUGGAAGCUGUCGACCAAGGAGGGGUGGUGCCUCCGGGGCAAGCUACAGUCACGGUCCGCAUUACGGACAUGAAUGACUUCUCCCCCAUCUUUAGCCAAGACCUGUAUAGGGGCAUGGUGGCACCCAAUGCAGAGAAAGGAACAGUCAUCACGACAGUUUUUGCCGAGGACCAAGACCCACCAGGUACUCCAGCCAGUUUCGUCCGCUACAGAGUGGACAUGGACAGGUCGCCUUACAGUGGGAGCAUCUUUGAUGUGGAGGAGGAGAGUGGAAGAGUCAUCACGAAAGUCAACCUCAAUGAAGAGCCCAGUGUCACCUUUAAGUUGUUUUUGAUUGCCUUUGAUGAUGGGGAUCCAGUGAAGACCAACAGUACUUUGGUGGAGAUUACAGUUCUUCAGCCUUCUCGCAUCCCAAUCUUCACCCAGGAGGAGUACAAGUUUGCUCCAGUUAGUGAGCUGGCUCCAUUCGGCACUGAAGUGGGGACUAUUCUCGCUGCUGCUAUCAAUCAAACCAUCUUCUACUCCAUUGUGGCAGGAAAUGAACUAGGUCAUUUUCAGGUGAACAACAGGACAGGCAUCAUCUCUACAGCGAAACCUCUGGAUUAUGAAAAUGUGACCAGCUAUGUCCUCCGGGUCCAGGCUGACUCGAUGGUGGUUGUCAUGUCCAACCUGCGUGUGCCUUCUAAAACUAACACAGCCAAGGUGUUCAUUGAAGUACAGGAUGAGAAUGACCACCAUCCCGUCUUCUCCAGGAAGCUCUACAUAGGCGGCGUGACCGAAGACACCAAGAUCUUCAGCUCUGUGCUCAAGAUAGUGGCGACUGAUAGGGACACUGGAAAUUACAGUGCUAUGGCAUACCGCCUGAUUAUCCCGCCCACAGCAGAGGGCCAGGACAGCUUCGUCAUCGAGGCCUACACUGGUAUCAUCAAGUCGGCCAUCAUGUUUCGGAACAUGCGCAGGUCCUACUUCACGUUUGAAGUCAUUGCCACAGAUGACUAUGGCAAAGGUCUAAGCAGCAGCGCCGAGGUGGUGGUUUCUGUGGUCAACGCAUUGGACAUGCAGGUUGUUGUGUCCACUGUCCCACCCACUUUAGUGGAAGAAAAGAAGGAGGAGCUCAUUAGCAUUCUGGAGCGCCAUGUCCAGGAUCAGAUUCCAGGAGCCAAGGUGAUUGUAGAGUCCAUUGGGCCACGUCGUCAUGGCGAUGGCUUUGAGCUAGAGGACUAUUCUAAAUCAGACCUGAUGGUGUACGCUAUUGACCCGCUGACGAACAGGGCCAUUUCACCCAAGGAGCUCUUCAAGUUUCUGGAUGGAAAUGUGCUGGAAAUCAAUAAAGAGUUCCAGCCACACCUGGGUGAAGGCGGCCGCAUCCUGGAGAUCCGAUCUCCGGACGUCGUGGCCAGCGUGAAGAAGGCCGCCCAGGCUGUUGGCUACACAGAAGGAGCUCUCCUGGCCCUGGCCAUCAUCAUCAUCCUCUGCUGCAUCCCUGCCAUCCUCAUCGUCAUGGUCACCUACAAACAGUUCAAAGAGCGGCAGGCAGAGUGUGCCAAAACUGCCCGGAUUCAGAUGGCUUUACCACCUGGAGGGAAAGCCGCUCCGGCGGGUGCUCCCACUGCUAACCUCUAUGAAGAGCUGGGUGACAGCAGCAUCAGGCGAGGCUAUGGCAGACAGCAACAGCAACUGCUGAGGCCAUCUCUUCUGAGACCUGAGGAGCUCUCCAUGGAGUCGGGUAUCGAUCCAGGCCAGGACUACUACACGCAGGACUACUAUAAUUACGACCAAGGGUAUGACUUUCCUCAAUAUGGCAGCCGGCGGAGGCUGAUUCCUCCGAUGUAUGACGAAUACGGAGAGGUGAUCAUGGAGGAUGAUGGGUAUUACUACAGUCCACAUGGCCCUGAGGGCCGGGGCCGAGGCAGAGGCCGCGGUGGCAUGCGAGGGAGAGGUCCACCGAAGAGAGUUGCAUUUAGAGAUGUGCCGCCUGAGGAUGAAAUUGAACAAGCUGAGCCAGCAGAGGAGGGUGAGCCUUCGAAGGCGGCCAAGAGACUGAAAUCUGUCAUGAAACUCAGCAAACUCCUGGUGGCCAGCAAGGGAGAACAGCCAUCUGAUGCCGGUCUGUCUGGCCCGUCUCCAUGGAAGAAAGCCAAAAUGUUCAAGAUGUUUGGCGCCGGCAAGAAGGACAAGGAUUACGCCAAACUGAUGUCAGUCCGCCAUACUGACAGCCGGGAGAGUUUGACUGACGGGCCGGCACUCACGGGACCAAUAGACAGGAAGACUGAUGCUCGCAGUCGGCUUGGGAAAGUUUUGAAGAAAAUCAACUUGGGCAACAAGCUGCAGAUUCGAAGGAAGUCUCAGAGUAGUGUGAGCCGUAGUUCGGCCACAGGCAGCGAGAGAGAUGAGGAGGCCUCACAGGCAGCCAGUGAGGAUGAAAGGAAGUCUAAAGUGUCUAUUAGUGUGACAGAAAGUGAGCCAGAGGCAGGUGCAAGUGGAAGCAGUAAGGAGAAGGGCUCUGAUGAGGAAUCUUCAGAGAAAAGCAGUGUUGACAGGGAUUAUCUGAAAGUAGAUUUAGACCGGGAUGAUGCCAACGAAAGCACAGUGGACUCUGAGGAAGAGCCUGAUGAAGAACUGGGGGAUUCUGAUGAGGAAAGCAAGUCCAAAUCUGAAGAAGAAACGGAGAAGGAAUCUGUCAGUGAGAAAGAAUCUGGGACUGAAAAAGAAUCUGAGUCAGAGUCUGAGAAGUCAUCAGCUACAGAGAAAGAAUCCGAAACGGAGAAAGAGUCAGAGUCUGAGGAAGAGUCUAAAUCUGAGAAGGAAACCGAAUCGGGAACGGGUACAGCAACAGAAAAAGAAACAAGCACAGACAAAAGUUCAGCAACAGAGAGAGACUCUGAUGAAGAGUCUGAGGAGGAAGAGGCUUCAGGCAGCACUAGAGAAAGUGGCUCUUCUGCUCGCUCGUCCAUGAGAUCAUCAGCGACUGAGGCCAGCAAGGGGAGCAGCGCCUCUGGUGGUGGCAGCGGUAGUGGAGGAAGUGAAAGUGCAAGUGAGAGUGGUAGUGGUAGUGCUAGCAGUGCUGCAUCUUUAUCUGGCUCAAGUGUUAAAUCAUCCCAAAGAACCAGAUCAUCAGCAGUUACCACAGAGAAAUCCAGUGAAGAACUCAGUGAAGCCGAGUCGGGAACAGGGACAGCCAGCGAGACAGAAGCAGAAUCAGCAUCAGGAAGUGAAGGUUUGUCAUCCCGUGGGUCCAGCCAGAGAAAAUCAUCUGCUUCAGAGCCCAGUGGGGGAACUUCACCCAGCAGUGAGAUGACAGACCAGAGUUCUUUAGGCAGCAAAGGAAGUUCAGCCGGUUCACGGUCCACCAGUGGCAGCCGACGUUCCCAAAAGUCCAGCCUGAGCCGUGGAAGUGAAGACACAAUCACAGAGGAGAGUGAAGAUGAUGAUGAAGAAGAAUCUGAGACUGCAGAGGAGAGCAAAGAGUCUUCUAGCGAACCCAGUGAUGAAACAUCAUCUAAGACAUCCAGUGUGGCAUCUGGAGACCCUGGUCCAUCUACCUCCUACACUAGUCCUCCUUACAAAUCUGAGGUCAGAAGCAUGGGUGAAACCUCUGUGGAGACAUACGGAGGACUGUCCCCAAUCACUGAGGUGGACGAGGAUGCCAUCUCGUCCGACAAAUCGUCGGUCAGCGGCUCUGGAUCAGGAACCGGCAGUGCAUCAAAGGAUUCAGAAGAAACUUCAGAUGCUGAUUCAGAGUCAGGAAAUUCAACUGCCUUCUAGAGAGAUAUAUUGUCCAGCACAAAGUAAGAGUGAAUAAAAUUAAUUACCCUCGCAUGGGUGUGAAGAAAUAUUGCUUGCUUCUACGGAGUGUUUCAGACGUCCACUUUUAUUCCAUUUCCCCUGAGCAAGGAAAUACCCUGGGGGUUUCCUGCUGCAAAAUAUCUGAAUCUGACUCUCUUUCUUACAUCUUUGACUUAUUCUUCUUUUUGAGGCCUCCUGUGUGUGUGUGUGUUUUCGUGCCUUUGCUUUUUGUAUAACAUUAUGCUCCAGUUUCUGCUGUGAGACUUUGCAUGUCGCAAUACUAUCUUCUUUGACAGUGUUUUCAUGGGAUGUUGAAAUUUCUUUCUGAGAGUAUACAGUAUUAGAGUUUUCAAUAGAAAACCAAGGUUUCUUGCAAUAAAUUCAGUUCUUAAACAGAACAGAGAUAAUCAUUAAGGGGGAUUUAUUCUCAUUUUAUGAAUAUAUUCUUUGGCAUUUGUCAGAGUAUGAGCGUUUUUAGUUGAGUAACUCUUCUUAACUAGUUCUGUUAGCAGUAUUUUUUUCUUUUGGCGAAACAAUUUGUAAUUACAGUUACAUUUAGCAGGUGCUUUUGUCGUAUGCGACGCACAUCUUAGAGUAGAUACAACAUAGGUAGGCAGGGCAGCACGAAGGACUUUGCCUAAGGGUCCUCACUGGAUAACUGCACCCUAAGCAGGAUUUGAACCACUGAUCUGCUGUGUCAAAGUCAGGGCUGUUAGUUCCCAACUGUCCAGCUCCAGAAUAUUGUGGGGAAUAGCACUAAUCUGCAGUGUGUUGUUUGCGUUUAUUAUUGCACAGAAACUUGUCUAUACUGUACCUCCUGAAACACUGGCCCUGACUUCCCCACUUUCUCC